CAGGGCAGGGGAUGUCCCUCAGGCAAAAACCAACAAAUUCGUUGCUGUCAAAAAAAAUCAAUUCAACGAUUCGUUGCUCGUCAGAUCCUUCUUCUUGGUCCUCCCACAAUCCCACCAUCAUGGCUUCCCCCGUGUCCUCUCUCAGUGACGCCUACUGUGAGUCAGCCCUAGCGUCGUCGCCGCGUCGUCGCUUGCUGCCGUCCAUCUGGGAGUCGCGGCGCUUCUUCGGCUGGAUGACGCGCGACACGCCCUCCGUGCUGCUGCUCCUCCCCGACGGCGGCGUGCGCCUCUACCCCAACGCGGUCACCGCCGCCGCCCUCCGCCGCGAGUUCCCCGGCUACGACGUGCGCUGCGCCAUGACGCUGCACCUGGUCACCUCCGCCGCGCCCCUCGAGCCAGGCCGCACGUACUCGCUAGUGGAGCACCGCUGCACCGCGCAUUGCCGUCACUGCUGCGCCAGUGCCGCCGCUGCUGACCACCACCUGCGCGCGCCGCCCUCUCCCUUCCGCCCGUGCAGCCCCGCAACACCCGGCUCCGCCAGCCUCACCCUGCCAGCUUCUGGCCCCCUCCGCCCUGCCUCUUUCCCGCCAUCCGCCGCGCCGCACUCCGCCGGAGCUGUUUUCAACGGGCAGCGGUCGCGCAGCGCCACGUUCAUUCGCGGCACGGAGCGCCCCGCCUACUCACCCUCCCCGCGCGGUCCCGCGCUCAGCUCCGGCUGGAGUGACGCUCAGUCUGGCGCGGAACAGACUAGCGCGCAGGGGAGCCGACUCAGAGCAAUGGCGGGCACGGACACGAGCUUUUGGGAAGCAGAGGUGGAGAGGCGCCCGCAGAUGAUGCGACCGCACGAGCGCACGAGCGGGCAGAGCAUGGCAAGAGCGCGGCCCGCACAUGGCCUGGGGCAUGCGGAGGCUGAAGGGCAGGUGGGGGAGACGGGGUCAUGGGAUAGCGCACGGCAGGGCGCGAGGGAGGCAGUGGAGGGGGGAGCGAGCAUGCGCAUAGCAGCGCGGGGCAGCACGGCAGGCAGUGCGCAGGACCAUGCAGCAGGGCAAAGGGGCGCGGCGGCGGCAGCAUGGCAGGGGUACUACAGAGCGCUGCAGCGAUCCAGAAGCAUGAGACACGACAGUAGGGCAGACAGCAUGCAAAGCUGCAGCAGUGCGGGCAGCAGCAGUGCAGCCAGUGGCACCGGCAGGAUGAGCGGCAGCAGCAGCAGCAGCAGCAGGGUGAGCAGCAGCAGCAGCGGCAUGUGGGUGGGUUCAGCAGUUGGGCGUUCUUCGUCCUCGCGACUUGGUCCCAUCUCAGCGUGCUGCUCCUGAUGUGCUGCCGCGAAGACCUUGUAGCAGCCUUGUUCUUUGGAGGAACGGACCUUGGCCAGCCCAACGAGCAUUCAAUAAGCAUUUUUUAGUGGCACCAGGAUCUAAGCUUGGUGCACUCUGGCAAGUCAGCCAUUUCGGGCGAAUUUGGAUUGGGAAAUAGUAUGUUCGGGUUAGUGAAUAAUGGGCCUCUGUUCAUAUUCGGACUGCCGUAUCCAUUGCUUUGUUUUGGAGGUUGCGACUGACCGUUACAACAGCGCGAAUGGUAACCAAAGCAACAAUCGAAUCGCUGUGUGUAAGGAAUGCGUAAUUCCUUACUGAGGCUUGCUACAGGGCGUACGACUCGAACAGUCCCGAACCAUCGCCAGGGUUCCAGACCUAUCAGUUCGAGCCUCCUGGGCCUUUCCGGACCUCGCUUCGACACAUCGAGGCCCUUCGACACUUUUCCCGAACCUUCCGAUCCUACGUCCAGGAUCACC